ACUCUCUCUAUAUAUCCCAAUCCAUUUACAAGCCAUUUGCAAAAAUGCUCUUAUCUGUCUCUCUCUUGCUCCUACACUCACUUUCCAUCUGGUUUCUUCAAAACGAGUAGAGCUUUGAACUCUAUAUCCUUUCUUGAUUUGGGUUCUUGCUAUAAAUAUCGUUCAAGACCUGGUUUCUUGCUUAAGAUUUAUCAAGAUUAGGGUUUUUCUUGCCACAAUAUUCAUCAAGACAAGAGAAGGUUCUUUUUUUCUUUAUCUGGGUUGUCUUGAAAAUUAAGGAAGACUAGCUAUGGAUUAUAGUUCCUCAUGGGUAGACACUUCUCUAGAUCUUAACAUCAAUCCUAGACCUAUUAAUGAAGAAGCUCGAGCUCAAUUUCAAGAAAGAUUAGGAAUGUUGAAAGAAGUUCAGAACAAUAAUUUUAAGGAGUUGGGCAAGAAAAUUUCAGUGAAAGAAGAGGCUGGAGAUUUGGUGGAGGAAUUGAACAGAGUGUGUGCAGAGAAUAAGAAGCUGACAGAAACGCUCACAGUGAUGUGUGAAAAUUACAAUUCUUUGAGAAAUCAGUUAAUGGAAUAUGUGAGCAAGAAUCGAAGCGACAAAGAGCUUAGUCCAUCAAGAAAAAGAAAAUCUGAAAGUAGCAACAAUAAUAACGAUAAUAAUACUGUUGUAAUGAAUGGGAACUCUGAAAGUAGCUCAACAGAUGAAGAAUCUUGCAAAAAACAAGCAAGAGAAGAAGUUAUUAAAGCAAAGAUUUCAAGGGUUUAUGUGAGGACAGAAGCAUCUGAUAAAAGCCUCAUUGUGAAAGAUGGAUAUCAAUGGAGGAAGUAUGGCCAAAAGGUUACAAGAGAUAAUCCUUCUCCAAGAGCUUACUUCAAAUGCUCUUUUGCUCCUAGCUGCCCUGUAAAAAAGAAGGUUCAAAGAAGCAUUGAAGAUCAAUCAGUUUUGGUGGCAACUUAUGAAGGAGAGCAUAACCAUCCACAUCCAUCACAAACGGAGGCAACAUCAGGGGCAAGCUGCAGGAAUCUAACCCUUGGUUCAGUACCUUGCUCGGCCUCUCUUGGCUCAUCUGGACCAACCAUUACUCUUGACCUCACAAAGUCCAAGCCUGAAGCAAGAAAUUCAAAACAAAGAACUGAAACACCUGAAGUGAGGAAAUUCUUGGUUGAACAAAUGGCCUCUUCUUUGACAAAAGAUCCCAAUUUCACAGCAGCAUUAGCAGCAGCAAUUUCAGGAAGAAUGUUUCAGCAGAAUCAAACAGAAAAAUGGUGAAGCGAACAGGAAAAUAGUAUCAGUUUCUAUCUUAGAUAAAUUAUUAUACAGUUUUCAGGUUAUUUACCAAUAUUGUAAGCUCUAUAUAUUAAUUAGAACAUUUUGAAUUUUGGGAUGUACUUUGUACAUAGAAAAUUAGAAACAAAUGGGGAAAUUUAUAAAGAAAUGUUCUUUCCAAUGCGAUCCUUAGUUUACAACUGUAUUGUUGUUGGAAUAUGAUUACAUGAAACUUCCAACCUCAA